GUUUUUUGUCAGAUGCUGCCAGACAGCAAGUGCGAUUAGAAGACGUGUUUAUGUUCCUGUAACCUCUUUCGAGUACGAUUGCUUGAUAAUUUUCAAAAGUGAUACAGCAAACUUUACCUAGGCUUGCGUUUGCUGUGCAACCAUGACUGUCAGAGUGAUUUUGGUGCUUCUUUUAAGCGUGUGCAACUUUUUUGCUCCGCUGACUGCAUCCACACUGCGGUCUUGUGUCGUUGCAUUCAGUGACCACGAUGAUGGUAGUGGUGUACUGAAGCAAACUUUUAAUGGGGUACCGUACUGUAAAUUUCUAGGAAUACGAUACGCACGAGCACCAAUAGGAGAGUUGCGGUUUGAGAAUCCAGUUCUACUCCAACCGGAGGGAAGGCAAAUAUUUGAUAGGUUAGGAAAUAUUUGUCCUCAAGUGGAUGAUCUGAAUCAAGCCACAAAAGUUUUAGGUGACGAGGAUUGUUUAUUCUUGGAUGUUUAUUCACCAAUUCAGAAAGAUUCUGACAAUACUCGAGAACAUCCUGUUCUAGUAUUUAUUCAUGGAGGAAGCUUUGCUGUGGGAUCAUCAACUAGCGAUAUUCACGGAGUGGAUCUUCUAAUUGAACACGAUAUCAUAGUAGUAAGUGUACAAUACCGUUUGGAUCCACUGGGUUUUUUGCGUUCUAGCCAAUUCAAUGUUACUGGAAACUUUGGAUUAAAAGAUCAACGAGUAGCACUCCAAUGGGUUCAGCUAUACAUUAAAAGUUUUUAUGGAGAUCCAGCCAAAGUGACACUCAUGGGUCAUAGUGCAGGAGCGGCGUCAGUAACAUAUCAUCUGUAUUCCAGUAGCUCCAAAGGUUUAUUUCAGCAAGCAUUUGCACUAGGUGGAUCAAUGCUGGCUCCUUGGGCAUUUUUAUAUGAUGCCGAUAACUAUUCGUUCCAGUAUUUCAGAGAUUUAAACAUAACCUCUUUCAGUGAGCUAAAACAGAUUAAUUUCACAAAGUUUUGGGAUAAAGAUAUUGUAUACCAUUUUGCAACUGUGAACUAUGCAUUUUGUGUUCCGAGUGCAGAACAAGAUAGUCCCGGUGCGUUUUUUACUGAAUCACCACAGGAUCAAGUCCGUAAGAAACCGAUAAAUGCUGUACCCUUGUUAUUUGGCCAAUCGUCGGAGGAAUUUGAACUUUUUCUGAGCUAUGUACAUGACUACUGGAUGGGAGAAAACUAUCCGAAUAAUCAAAACGAAAGUCUAAAACAGUACAUUGAGGAUGUUGUUGACAGAGCUGCUGAACUAGCUGAAAGUCGAAGAGUUGAGUUGAAUCGAGAUGUAUUUUACCAGGAGUUGUCAAACACAGCUAAUUGGUUCUUCCCAAAUAAAUUGUUGUUAGACGAAUAUUCUAGGUGGGUAACCGAUAGAACUUUUUUUUUUCGGUUUCAAUUUGAUGGGAAAUUUGGGCGUUUUAAACGAGAAUUUCAAAACGUGAUAACUGGAACAAAACAUUAUGGAGCAAUUCACGGUGAUGAAUUAGGUUACAUUUUUACUCCACACAAUUGGCGAGAAGCAUUCGCGAACAGGAGUUUAUUUAAGGAUGAGUGGAUGAUACAUGAAAAAACCGUGCAACUGGUAGCUAAUUUUAUAAAGUUUGGUACGCCAAACCAUGUUAGCUCCAAGAUGAUUUGGCCGCCUUAUUCCGGAUAUUCUGACUCCAAUAGAUAUUUAAAUAUCGACAAAACUUUCGAGAUUCGAUUGGAAAGCCGAAGUUUAUAUAACUCUUUUUGGAAGAUUAUUUACCAAUGUUUGUAUCACUUUCGUUGCAGUGAAAUCGAUAAUCUUCUGCGAUUAGUUCAAGAAUACAGUUUGAGUUCUGAUUUAUAAAUAUGCUAGGUUAUAUUUUAGUUUGUUGCUAUACAACUUUUUUCCGGUCGGUUUUUGCUGAAUUCUCACAAAACAGAGACAAUUUUUCAUCUUCAGUUUCGAACUGCUUUCAAAAUUAAACCAUACGACAUUGUUCAAAACAAAAUCUAAUAAUCAACUUUGUUCCGAAAAGUGCGCUAUGACGUCGCUAAUGACAAGUCGGUUCCAUUAUAUAAGUUGGCAAAUCGAGCAAAACUUGUUUUUAAUUUUGGUUCACUUUUAACCUUUGUUAUGUUAUGGUUAAUAAAUCGUAAAAUA